AUGAAGCUUACACCCACAGACGAAAUGAGGGAAGACGAAGGGGGAGCCCCUGUCAGGAAUCAAGAGCACCUCACAAUAUCUCCACAAACGUUGUCAUCUGAAGCCUCACUUUACCCUCUUACACCUUCAACAGUUCCCAAAGUUUUGAUUCCUCGAGAUUCCAUGGCUGCUCAUUCGGAUUUUGUCCCUGACGAUGACUGUCAAUCAUCACUAACUCGUUCAUCAGUCCUACCAGGAUUCUCUCAUCAAGGUGACGUUGACAAAUUCUCUGACUACAGCGAUUCGAGCGACUCUUCUGGCAGUAUGACGCCGACACCCAGUGAUUUUGGAAACCCUCCAAGUCGUAACAGCUCCUCUUCCAGCAAGACGAUGUCUGAUCCGUUCAUCAUUUCAGCUCCCAGAAAAGACGUGCCCAAGGGACCCAGUGACUGCUACUCGAGCACUGGGGUGUCAGAUCCAUUCACUGACUCACAUCAGUACAUCAUGCCCAUGGUGAAUAUACCUCACAAUUACUGCCAGAACCCCCAAGUCACUGGUAUCGAUCAAAGUGUCGCUUAUUAUAUUCUGCAGGGAUAUCCCGUACCUCAUCGCCCGAUGGCCCUAAUUUACCCUGGCCGAAUGCCACAGGGUCUGCCUCCUCGUCCUCAUCACAUGUUUGGACCGCAACAGGCUCCGCAAAUGCAGGCACCUCGAGCCCAAUCCUACCAGACUGCUCAGCCCCCGAAUCCCCAGACGCAGACGCAGUCUCGGCCUACUAUGUUCCAUGGUGCCUUUCAGGGUCAAGUGACAUUGGAAAGAGUCGCACAGCCAGAUGUGAUGCCUUUCGCUAAUAUUACCGCGAGUCAGUCACCGCCUCAAUGGGGUGUUAUGAAAAUCGAAAAUCUGCCAUACUCCGUCACAAAACAGGAAAUUGUGCAGUUGCUCGGCCGUCAUGCCCGUACCCUUACCCCUGAUCUCGGCUGCCCUAUUCACAUUAUCAUGGAACGUUCCACUGCGAAGACCAUGGACUGCUAUGUCGAAUUCUUGACCCCUGCUGAUGCAGAGGCCACUGUCAGGCGUCUCAAUAGCAUCAUGGAAAGCGGGCGUCCACCUCGCCUUGGACAUCGUCGUGUGGAUCUGACCGUUAGCAGCCAGGAUGAACUCUUGAAGGAUCUAUUUCCUCGCGCGAAGUGCAUCCAGUGGCGCAAUGGAGUGCCUCAUCUGGUGCCGAACACAGACCCCUAUUCGUCCGGGUUCCAAGGAUUUCUUACCAGUGAAGAAGUGCUUGGUGUUGUUCGUCACGCCGAGCAACCGCAUCGUUCGCCAUUUUCUGCGAAAUGUCCUCAACGUACCUACGAAAGUAUGAUCAGCACCAUCUGGAAGUUCCCUUGGUAUGCCACCACGAUGUACACAGUAGCGGACCGGGACGCCCUCUUCCAAGCUAUCAAUCGUCAGAUCCUGGCUUUGACCGCUCGAAUUGCCAAAGAAAAAGUCAUCGGUCUUGACCACAAAUUGGUGAACGAUCUUCUUCGAGCUGGAAGCUCUUGUCCCGCAUUCAAUGAGCGCCAGAAGUUCACGCUCCUCUGUAAUUCGGAGGCGUUGCCCCCGCAGCCCAUUCUCUUUCCCAACUUGAGAUUGUAUUGGCCAUUUGACACGCUUGUAAAGAGACCCAAUGCAACUGAGCAUGAGAUUAUGUUCUACGCUGGUUUGGUUCAAAAAGCCCUUGCCGUGCAUGACAUCGAAAGCGAGCAGGUCGUCAAUUCAUACAAACACAUUCCUACUAUCCACGAAUCCCCCUACGGCAAUAUCUGGGUUGAGUUUGCAUUUCACAACAACUUGAUGAAAUGGAAGGACGCUGCGCAGCUUGAGAUUCAGGUUGCUAAGACUCUCGUCGUUGACGGUCUGAAGCAGAUCGACAGACAGCUCAGGGACAUCGCUAUGAGAAACCUGAACGGCCAUGUGCCUCAGGCUGUUCCCUCGUCUUCAUCGUCAAGCAUCGAUCAUAUCAAGGAGGCUACUCGACGACGACGGGCCACUCUCUACAGCACCCCUUGUCGUCAGACUGACAACAGCAACAGCAACACGCCUUCUUUCGCUGGCCAGCAAUCGUCGGAAAAUCCGGAACCUGUUUCCAGCGUUUCUGAAUCGCCUCGUCUGAGCGAAGUGUCCAGCUACGCCAGCGAGUGCAGCGAGACAACCAGCCAAAGCCAACGCAGCUCGCGCAGCCGGCUGAGCCUUCCUGCAACUCCCUUCAACCAUGACGGUACUGGAAUCCACUUUGGCAGCGCGCCGAUGUCCUCUCCCAGCCGCCUUCCGCCGUCCUUCGAGCUGUAUCAUCACCUGGGAGCGAAAGAAGAAGAAAGUCAGCACCAGCGCCUGACUCAGAGCCUGGGUGGCCACAGACGAAAUUUCUCUACCUCCCUCUAA